GAUUUAUGAAUUAGCAGUACACAGAUAUUUUUGUUGAGCAGUUUUUAGAAGCCUCAUUUUUGCUUUGCUGUCUUCAAAGACAAAUCAACUGAUUGUGGAUAAUGAUCAUAGUUAACUAAAGUUUCUAUCUGGUGCUUCAGAUUAAAUGAAAUGAUUAUUCCCAGUAGUGUGUUGGCAGCAACAUGGAUACCUUUCUCGGUUGUCCUUUUGGUUGAGCUAGUUCUGUGCGUGGUGUUUGUGCAGUACUUCGCCAGUCGUAAGCGAAGGGAGUGUGGCUCAUUUUUAGUGUGUAUCUUGGGACUGCUAGUGGCCCUUUUGAGCUCAUCUCUCCUUCCUGUUGACAUAUUCCUAGUCUCAUUCGCAAAGGAAAAUGGACAAUUCAAGGAAUGGGCUGCUUCAAAAGAGAGCCGAAAUGAGAUGAACGAGUUGAUGCAAUAUGCCUAUUACGGUCUCUAUGGACUGGACAUGCUGUUCGUGUUUGGAAUUCUGCCCUUCGCCUUCUUCUACAACCAGAGUAGAGACGAGGCAGAUGAGGACAACCACCUCUCUUCCAGAUGUGUCUCUGCUCUCAAGUGGACCACCGCAUUCGUCUUAUUUGCAGCACUCCUCCUCACUUUGGGGGCUCUGAUUCCGUUGCGUGAGACUCCUGGAUCCAAUUCAUCUAUCUCAGAUCUGGAGUGGAUCAUUCCGAAAUUGGGAAAUGACCGUGGCGAGAACAGUCUGGCGCUGGUCGUGAACAUCUUCACCACGCUCGGAGUAUUCUUCCUCUGCUUCUACGGGGCCUAUGGGAUGGCUGCGAUGCCCGUCAGUUGGAUCUUCGGUCGGCUGUCUCUGGAGAGCACACGUGACGAUCUGGUCACUUCAGAACAGGCUCUUAAAGUCCGCAUCGAGUCGGCCAAGAAAAGGAAUGGGAGAAUUAAGGAAGUGGCCCGGAUGGAGGGUGAAUUAGAAGAUGUAAGGAGGCAGCUGGGUAUUCUGGAACAGAUGGAGGCGAAGUGGUGCUGUGCCAAGUGCUUCCUCCUCUGUCGCCCUUUCCAGUUCCUCGCAGGGCUCAUCUUCUUCGCAAUCUCUCUCUUUGUCGUCGGAGUUAUCGUCACCACCAAUCUUGAUCGAAUCCUGAAUGGAGAGGGCUACAGAUAUGGCUACGUCAUCAAUGGAACUGCCUGGGUCAAUCCUAUUGAUUAUGUCCUUACUCAGCUGCAGGUGGCUUUCCCUAUUGACUAUAUAGUUCUGGUGUGUCUGUUGGUGUAUAUCGUAAUGUGUGUGGUGGCAGGCAUCGUCCACAGUGGAAUCAGAAUCUGCUGCGUCAGUUUGUACAAGAUUAGACCGAGAAAGACUAAGCCGGAAGCACUGCUGUUCCUUGUGUACAUCCUUAUCUUCUCCAUCCUGGCUGUCAAUGUCCUUUUCUUCAGCAUCGCACCCGGUUACUACUCAUACGGAACACAGACAUGGAACAACGCUACAGUGAAUGGAACCAAAUCAGUUAAAUGUGCAGACCAUCCCAAACCAGAAGAGUGUGUGAAAACGGCGAAUGCUGACUUCCUGCUGGCCUAUUUCUACAAAAUGUGGGUGUUUGGAGCCAUCUACUACUGGUCCAACUGGCUCUUCGUGUCCAUAUUCCUGGCCGGACUGGUGUUCCGAUGUGCCAGAGGAAGACCGAAGGCCACAGACGCUCACUUCCAGAGAGAGUACGACAGUGAAGAUGAAGAUAAUGAAAUGUCAGAAGAUAACGACCCCCUGUUGCCUGCAUUCAGACCUUGAGAGCAGUCAUACCAUCAGAAAAUAACGAAGGAAUCCAGGAAAAAGAACAUAAUAUUGAAAACUGAGGUGAUUUAAUGAUAUCCGUUUAGUAGAGAAACUGUUUAAAAGGCAACUACAGCUCAAGUGACAAGCAAAAGUUUUUCUCGACCGAGAAAUUUAGUUCCAACCUUUAUAGGUUUUUGCGUUACAUGAAGGAAUUGAUGAGAAUAUCAUUCUUUGAUUUAUAGUGUACUAAAAUGAUUGCAUAGUGUAAGCUUAAAACAUCACUGCGUUAAUCUCUGCGUGACUAACUGUUGUUAUGUUUUUUAAAAAGGAUAUGAGGUGCCUUGUAAAAUAAUAAACCUGACUGGUCAUGCUGGCGGAACUGUCCAACAGAAGAGCUAAACCAUCGAAGCCGUUUUGUUAAAAUAGUUAGUGACCUGAUGUUUUGUCAAUACGUUAAUCGCUGAUUUUUUUUGGUUUGAUUGAAUUUUGUUUUGAAUACUUAUUGCCGAAUUCCAUAAAUCUUAAAAAAAUAUUUAUUAUCUUCAGGUUAAUUUUUCGAAAUAUGAAAAAAAUCCAGCCAGUGGCUUUUUUAGUUAGCCUGAUUUUAAAUUAGAUAUCAAAUUACUUAAAAUUGGAGUUAUUAGAUAGAUGUUGUAAUUGUUUAACCUCAAUCAUAUCAGAGUUUGAUUAAUUAUUUUUGUAUGAA